AAUAUAUCCGGAAGACAGAUGGAAUAAACCAUCCAUAAUUUUUUUACAUGCUUAUUAGAAGCUAAGAAAUAAGACUAAAGUAAAUGGUCGACUGAGCAUAUUGACUUCAGGCUGUCUCCUCAUCUACAUGCUGAAUUAUAGCAGCGGAGCCUCAAUGAGGAAACAGCGCAAGAAAUAGUCAAAGUCCCGAGUGGCAAGAGCAACAGCUCCUCGUAACCGUUCAUUACAGACCAGCAAAGGUGAAAAGAAAAGGCACAACUCUCCUGAAGCUUGCGCAUAAGAGGUCUGUAAGACAGUGAACCAUGAGAUUGACAGGUCCUCUCAGAGCUUUGGCUGUGCUCCUGCUGGUGGGACUCACCUGGCUGCUGGCACACACUUUAUUCGGAGGGGAGAGUGGUUCAUCUGUGCGCCAUUUCUUCAGCGGUGCAAGUGAGGAACCAACACCUGAGCCACGCCCUCGAAGGUACAAGUGCGGACUUUCAGCGCCCUGUCCUCCUAAACAUUUAGCUUUCCGCCUGGUGUCUGGUGCUGCCAAUGUCAUCGGGCCCAAAAUCUGCUUGGAGGACAAGAUGUUAGUUAGCAGUGUGAAGAACAAUGUUGGCAGAGGACUAAACAUAGCUUUGGUGAAUGGGGUGACAGGAGAGCUCUUGGACACAAAAACUUUUGAUACAUGGGCAGGAGAUAUUUCGGACCUGUUGAAGUUUCUCCGGCCGCUCCAUGAAGGAACACUUGUGUUUGUGGCUUCCUUUGAUGAUGCAGCUACAAAGUUGAACGAUGAGUCUCGAAGGCUGUUUGAGGAGCUCGGAAGCACGGCAGUGAAGGAGCUGGCCUUUAGAGACAGCUGGGUGUUUGUCGGAGCCAAGGGUAUUGAGAACAAGAGCCCAUUUGAGCAGCGUAUGAAGAACAGUAAGAGCAGCAACAAGUAUGAAGGUUGGCCCGAGUCUCUGGAGAUGGAUGGCUGUAUUCCUCUGCGACCUCCCCUGGAAGGAUAGCUCUGCCUCAUACUCUCUCGGCUACAGUACAGUAACACCUGGAUUGGCAGCAGUGGAUCCAAAUGACUGUUUACAGAAAAGCCAGGGAGCUGCUGAGUGACUGAAACCAUCCAAGAUCUUGUUCAGAAACAGCAUGUUAUCCCCCCUCUUGUGGCAGAGACAUGAGUCAACUGCAAAGAUUGUCUGGGGACUUGAUAUAUUUAAUAUUGCUGGAACUUGUUAUAGUGGAUUUGUGCAUUAAACUUUGUGAGCCACUUUUGAGUUGAAGUAAUGUAGAAAUGAGGAAAAUGUAUGUGUCAGGUUAUGGGAAACUUGAGAGGCCAAAUGCUUGAUAACCAAAGUGUAAGAGCGACAUGUGAAUGAAUGCAGCUGGAGUAGGUCUUCCAAAGCCAUUGUAGGAAAUGGGCAUAUUUCCUCUCUGCAAGCCUGUCUGUAGGGUGUCAAUAUUCUGUGCACGAUAUUUGAUGUUCUGCAAGCAAAAGACGCACCUAACUGGUUUUACACUUAGGCAUUUGAAAACCUAAUCCAUGUCAGCAUAAGAAAAAUACAUCAGAGGUAUACUAGUAGUUUAAAUGUCCUACAAAGCAACAGGCGUGUAGGGAGAUUUUAUAUUUAAAUUGGUUAAUAUAUUUUCAUCCUGUGAUACAUAUUUCAGUGAUAUUGUUAUGCCUAGUGUUAGCUGCCAUUGUUUCCAUAGAACUUGAUGCACUGCAGUUAUUGUUUGCCACAUGUUUACAGAUUUCUUCAGUCGAGUUUGGCCUAGUUUAUUUUCCUCUGGUAAAACUAUUUAUUUUAAUACUUUAUUAGAAACCAGAUACAUAGUGUGGGUUCAUCUUAACGGCACCCAUAGUUUUUAUGUUGUCUCAGGCCUGCGAGCAUCUUUAAACCGAGCGCUUUGUUUAUCGAUUCAACCUAAAUGUGUGGUUGCGUAUGUCAUUUUUUAUGUUAAAUGUAUCCACCAAGUCUAACAAUGAAGGAAAUGUUUAGAAAUAAACCCAUUAUAUUACACGUGCGGUUAGAAGUCCACUUAAGCUGCGAUUGUCUGAAUUAUGUUACCUCUAAGUGUAAAGACUUUUCUACAACGCAUCACAGUCUGUCUUUAUAUUGUGACAACAAUACUGAUGAAUAAAACUCUAAAUAUUU